AUACUGUAAACAAUGGCGGUGUCUGUCUUGGCCUACCUGUAUUUGGUCUUUGCAGUCGUUAUUUUCGUGCUAGGUUUAGUACAGAAUAGCACCAUAAAGUUGCCACAAAUUUUGCAAGAUACCCUGCUGUAUGGGAAAAGCAGAGGGAAAAGAAAUGAAUGGACAGUUAUGCGUUAUUUAGAGAUUCCCAAAAGCUAUUUUCGUUACUUUUAUGCAGUGGGCAUAGUUGCUAACUCUGCCCACCUUGCCUUAGCAGUACAGGCAUAUGUGUUUGGUGUGCCACCCCCAGCAAUUUACCAACAAGUUGUUAGUGCAGUGUCAGCAGAGCAGGUCACCACUGAUGCAUUGGGCACUCUUCUUUGUAUCAGUUUGAUGUUGAUCCAGGACCUGCGCCGUCUCUACGAAUGCUACUUCAUCAGCGUGUACUCCAAGUCUACCAUGAACCUGCUCCACUUUCUUCUGGGCUUCUAUCUCUACAUUACCUUUGGUUGGACAGUGCUUAGUGAGGCACCCAGCCUCAACACAGCUCCUUUGCAACAUCUCCACAUUGGGCUCAUAACAUGGUACCACAUAGUGGGGGUAAUUAUGUUUGCCUUAGCCUCAUGGCAGCAUCAAGUGGCACAUGUAACAUUUGCUAACCUUCGGAAGACAGAGGGGAAAGUCCGUAAUUAUGCUCACCGCAUACCCCGAGGAGGUCUGUUUGAAUAUGUAUCCAGUCCUCACUAUCUUAUGGAGAUUAUCAUAUACCUGGCCUUUGCCACUGUGGUUGGGUUGCGUAAUAUCUCUGUAUGGAGUGUGUUUGUGUUUGUAUUGCUGAACCAAGCAGUGUGUGCCAUUUUAACCCAGAAGUGGUACCUGGAUAACUACAAGACAUACCCAAAGUCUAGGAAAACUCUUAUUCCAUUCAUAUACUAAUGUGAUGUUUCUUCAACUGGAAAAAAAGAGCAGAAGAAGUAAAAAAACUUUGAAGGAGCAGACAAAUAUGUCAGUUAACAUUUCUUCCACAGUGAGUGAGUUUCUUUCCUCAGCCAGGAGCAUUGUUUUCACCUCUAUUUGACUGAAUGUUAUAGGCAGAAUUUGUUGACUUUUUUGAGGGGGGGG